CAUCUCCACUCUCCAGCACCACUGCCAAGUGCCAACAAUAUUCAUGAAUCCCGUUAGCUAUACAUGUCUACCUUCUUCUUCCUUCCUUCCUUCUGUAACUGAAAACUUUACCUCUUUUUAACCUAAUAAAUCUCGGUGGGGUCCACCCCCACCUCACGCAAAGAACCACCCUUGCCCCCCUCGCCGUAUAUACCCACACACAUAACACGUCGCCAACUCCAUCUUCGCUCUCACUCUCCCUCCCUCCCUCCCUCCCUCCCUCACUCAUGGCCCUGGACCGUCGCCCCAUGCCCCGCUCCCUCCGCCUCCUCUCCGCCGUCUUCCGCCGGAAGCCCCUUCCUCGCCGCCGCAAGAUCCGGUCUGUGCGCCUUGGGGGCGAGAAAGCGCGGCGGGGGUUCCUGGUGAGAGCCUUCAGCCGGGUCCGGCUGAGGUGGCUCAAGCUCAAGUACUCCUGGAUGCUGAAGAAGCUCAAGCAGUACUACCUUUCCGUAUUGGAUGACCUGCUUCACGGCGGCGCCGCCCUCGACUCCUUCCAGCGCAGCGUUCUGAUGGAGACUUCUUUCGCAGUGCCGGUUAUGGGCAUUUCCCUUUCUACCUAUCCUUCCUCCGCCGCCGCCGCUUCGAGUCAUCGUCGAUCCAUCGUCGCCUGACCACGGUGAUUCCCUCUCUCUCUCUCUCUCCGGCGGCUUCAUGCUUUUGCUUGAUUCAAUAUGGAAUCUGUAAGAUAGAUAAAGAUCGAUUGAAAAUUAAGAUAUCGAGAUUGAUCAGUACCUCAUAUUUCCUUAUUAACUUACCGAAAUCACCUAGCUGUUUUUCGCAAGUUGCUUAAUUACAUGAUCAGGCGAUUUUAAUUUCUUCA